GUCGGAGCAAGAGUCGCUGCGGACACGCACAUUCCUCAAAACUAUUCUUUAUUUAAACGCAACAUUGUUCGUGAUUCGUUCAAAGAUUUAAACUUUUUAUGUCAGUGUGCAAAGAAACUUUUACCAACACUACCUUUAGCUUUUCAGGAGUUAUGUGAUUUCAGAUUUGUGAAGUGAAAUAUGGAAAUUUUAUGUUUGAAUUUCGACAAGGUGAUUUUUUAUCGUGCUUGAGCGCUUAAGUGGAAGUUUGUGUGAAUUAUUGAAGGAAACACUCAGCUGAAAAGCUUCAGAGAUAUUUAGCAGCCAAUAGAGCAACAGGAUAAAAUGUGGCUGCUUCUACUGCUAUUUAUGGUCCCAGUGCUGGGUCAGCAGUGGGUUCCGUGUUCAGAACUAAACGAUGACCUCCGGUACCCAUGCCGGUGUCGAGUUCAGGUGGACCGGGCCUUGCAGCUGAGGAUCCUGAUGGAUUGCGAUCGUGUCGUGUUUAGUGGAGACUUCCCGACGUUGCCUUAUGGAGCUCCCAUCAUAUCCUUCAGCCAACGGUGGGCUGGACAACAGACCUUACCGACACAGAUAUUCUCAUCGUUCGGCCUUCCACUAAAAGAAGUGGACUUCUCCCACAACAGUCUUCGUCGUUUACCGGACCGACUACUAUCCGGGAUCCGGGGCAACCUGACCCGGCUGGCCUUGGCCGACAACCUGCUCGGGGACAACCUUAACCCGAUCUUCUCCACUGCCGAGCUACACAACCUGCCUGCGUUGGAAGAACUGGACCUGAGUGGAAACAGCAUUCGAGGCAUCGAAGAGGGACUUCUGAUUGGAUGUGAUGUUCUUAAGAUAUUGCGUCUGGAUCGCAAUAAUAUCCACUCGGUGCCGUCGACCUCCCUCAACGGCCCGCAGGCGCUCAGGGUUAUUUCUUUGAGGGAGAAUCGUAUAGUGACGAUACGACAAGCGUCAUUUGUAUCCCAGAAAACUCUGCAAGAAAUAGACCUCCACGGGAACAUGAUAUCUGCAAUCGAAGGGGGGGCUUUUAUAGGCCUAGGGGAACUCCAGUCGCUCGACCUCGGCCGCAAUCGCCUCUCCAAAUUCAAUAGCGAUGUCUUCCAAGGCACUGAAAACCUUGAGAAGUUGGAUUUGUCCGAAAACUUUAUCACGGAUUUUCCAACGGUCGCUCUCAAGUCCUUUGCGGCGCUCAAGCAUUUAAAUCUCUCCAGUAAUAUGAUUACGAACAUUGACAACAGUCACCUGAGUUCCUUAGUGUCGCUGCAAAUGUUGGACCUCAGUAGAAACAACUUGGUGAAACUCUCACCCGGCACGUUUGUCGGACUCACUGAGCUACGUUACUUGGAUAUUGGUGUCAACUCAUUAAGAACUGUUGAAGAUGACGCAUUUGAUGGAUUAACGAGCCUCCAAACUCUUCUCCUCAGAGACAACAACAUUCUUCUCAUCCCCGCGACAGCUCUCUCUCGCCUACCAAAUUUAGUUUCCGUACAUUUAGGAUUCAACAGAGUGACGGCAUUAUCGAGCGAUAUCCUACGAGCCGUAUCCGAUAGAGUUACCUCAUUAGUCCUCUCUAGAAACGUCAUCAGAGAAUUGCCAACAGCGGCUUUUGAACAUUUUAAAAUGUUACAUCAUCUAGACUUGUCAGGAAACUUAUUGAAUUCUAUCGCCGCUGAAGUAUUUACUGGCUUGGAACAAUCUCUUCAAUAUUUAUCAUUAAGCCAAAAUAGAAUAUUAGGUUUCACAGGAGAAAAACUGAAGUUCAUUAACCUCUGGUUCUUAGAUAUAUCAGGCAAUCAAAUAUCGGAAAUUCCUGUAAACGCGUUCGAUUCAAUCCCAAGUUUAUUGUAUUUGAACAUGAGUUACAAUGACCAUAUAAGUACACUACCCCAAAAUCUCUUCCAAAACAAUCAAGGAUUACAGUCUAUCGACUUAAGCCACAUCGGAUUAAAGGCGCUUCCUGUAAAUUUAUUUACAAAAACGCCCAACGUGGAAUACAUUUACUUAUCUCAUAAUAAUUUACAAGAGAUAACCGAAAAUACCUUUAAGAAUUUGAGAAACUUAACCCAUUUAGAUUUGUCUUACAAUAACAUCGUUAAUAUUCGAACGCCGUCCUUUGUUAAUGUGAUGUCGAUUCAAUAUUUAUCUCUGAAAGGUAAUCAGCUCAACGCUUUUAAAGGAGAAUUUUUCAAUACCGGCACUAGUUUAGAAGUUAUAGAUUUAUCUGAUAAUCAGUUGAGCUACUUAUUCCCCUCAUCCUUCAAGAUUCACCCGCGCUUAAAAGAAAUAAUACUCACAAACAACAAGUUCAACUUCUUCCCGUCAGAACUUAUAAGCACUUUACAGUAUCUGGAAUUAGUCGAUUUAUCUGGGAAUGCUCUGAAGAAUGUCGAUGAGCUCGAUUUUGCUCGACUACCGAAACUUAGGACUUUGUUGUUGGCAAGAAAUGAACUUGAAACAAUUAGCGAGAUGGCUUUCCAUAACUCUACUCAGAUACAGCAUUUAGAUUUAUCAAACAACAAAAUCGAUCGGUUGGGUGACAGAUUAUUUGAGGGACUAAUAAGAUUAGAGCUUCUUGAUUUAGGAGGAAAUAUUCUUACUGAACUACCUGAUAACAUAUUUGAUCGAACUAGAUUGCACAUGCUGGAGAAGAUUGUUCUAAGUGAUAAUUUAUUCGAACAUCCGCCUCUAAAGGCGCUUCAAAAACAAUAUUUCUUUGUAUCUUCUGUAGACUUGUCUCACAAUGAAAUUGUCGAUAUACCGGCCGAAAACAAUGUUAUGGUGAACAUAAAAAAGUUAGAUCUUUCAUUUAAUCCUCUUUCUCAAAAAUCUUUAAACAACAUUUUGACUGAGCCGAAAACAGUUAGGGAGCUGAACUUAGCUGGUACUGGAAUGACACACGUGGGACAACUAGAAACACCCUUUUUAUAUAGUCUGAAUUUAUCCUUCAAUAAUAUAACCCAAUUGUCUGAUAAAACAUUCACGAGAACAACUCUUUUAGAAUCGCUAGAUAUUUCUCAUAAUCAGUUUGUUGAUAUUACUAGAUCAAUUGCUAGUUCUUGGCCCAAAUUAAAAAACCUCCAACGACUUAACAUUUCGAGUAAUCCCGUUACUAUGUUAGUUGAAGGUGACUUUGACAGCCUCUCUUCACUUCGUGUCCUUGAUAUGAAAGACUUGGAUAGAUGUACUCGAAUAGAGAAAAAUAUCUUUAGAAGCUUACCUAAUCUUGUUGAACUACGCGCUUACGGGUAUCCAAGGUUGGGAUACUUUGAUGUGCAAGGUACUCUGCAAUAUUUACUUGCCCUAGAAAAACUCGAUGUUGAAUUGAAAGAUCCAAAUAUCGGCGCUGAUCAAUUGCAUUCUACCCUACAUCCUCGUCUCGAAGAAUUAGGAGUGAGAGGUUCUCGAUUGAAAACGGUUUCCUCGGGUGUUUUGGCAGGUUUAAAAGCACCAGCAAUCACGGUGAGAUUCCGUAAUACAUCAAUAACUAGUUUACCUCCAGCACUUCUUUUCCCGUUACCUAGGUCUUCGCAGAUAACUAUAGAUAUAGGAGGAAGUCAGUUGAGCACUUUGCAGCCUCAAUUAUUGGUUGCUCUUGAUGAUCGUCGCGCAGAUUUGUCAAUGUUUGGAUUGGACUCAAAUCCAAUUAGAUGCGAUUGUAAUGCAAGAGCACUGCGAAGGUGGUUGCCUGUAGUUGGCAUUGAUGAUGUACGUUGUGACGCUCCAGAGCAUUUGGCAGGAUUUUUGUUAGUAGAAAUUGGAGAUGACGAACUGUCGUGUGAAACAAAACGAAGAACAACAGCCACAUCUUCCACAUCGAGCAUGGCAACGACGUCGCCUCCGCGUUUGGUGCAUAGGACCUCAGCGGAGCCUGAUAUAAUUUGGUCUGUUGCUCCUUCACAUGAAAGACCAAAAGCUUCGGGCGAACCGAAAGGUGCACCAGUGGUUGGUGUGGCUACUUCAACGAAUGACGACAAUUUGAUUAUAGGUAUAGUAGGCGGUGUAGUGGCAUUUAUAGCUAUAUUGAUCGUGGCAAUAUGUAUUGUUAGGUUAAGGAUGACAUCGACAUCAUAUAGAGGAGGCCCAUUGGCAAGUAGUCCAACGACAGGAGCAACUCCUAUGUGGGGUCCUCCUUGGCCUGGUUAUGCUGCAACGCUUCCUCCAGCGUCCUUGUCAAAUGCAACUUUGCCACAUAAGAUGCAACAGGGACCGGGAUCAGUUCGGUACUUGGCACCGCCACCACCAGCCCCAUAUUUUAUAAGUAUGCCCCCACACGAUGAUAAGAUUUAUCGGUAAGAUUUUUUGCGACAAUAGUAUAGGUAGUAUUACGCCAUUGAUUUGUAAAUAUAAAAGCGCAAGAAUUAUCAUAUCAGUUGUGUUUUGUUUCUAUUAUUGGAAACUUUUCAUUCGUGCAUUGUUCAUAUCGUUGUAGAUAUUUAU